AUGGGUCACGGGGCCAAGUCCACUUCCGGCAACACUUCAGCGGCUGAAGGUAGCACCACAGCACCAACGGUGGCCUUCUCGGCUUACCACAACAUGUUGCGAUGUGGAACAAGCCCUAAGUCGCACAGAGGGGUCACGCAAAAAUCUUGUCCGAACCCGUUGGCGCCAGCACGCGAGAGGUCGUCCGAGGCCUGGAGGAAGGAAAUCGUUACGAGUUCUGGCUUCGGGCUCGCAACGCUGCCGGCGAAAGUCCUAUUUCGCCCGUCGUUACCCAGAUCCCGUCGAAAACAGUGGAAAGGUAUACCUCGCCUGCUUGCUUGCUUGCUGGUUUUCCCAACUGUGCCGCCGUUUCCGUGCUGCAUGGAGUUGUCGGCCUUCGCUUCACGUGCAUUUUAUGAUUACCGUGGACGAUGGAGGGAGGAAAAAGGCACAGCUGCCAUGAUGAGUACUUUAACGUGUACCUCGGAAAAUUGA